UUCAGUACUAGGACUUCUAGUGUACGUAAGAAGUUCAGAUUCAGAUAAGCAUUUCUGCUUAUGCCGAUUUAUCAGACACAAACACAGUGAUGCAUCAUUUAGGUGUGUCAGUGGCUUCUGACCACAUUUUGGAACAUUUUAGUGUGUGCUAUAUUUUGUUGAAAAAAUUGUACGUGUUUUGUAUUUACCUGUUCCUUCAUAAUUCCUCAUUCUUAUUUUUUUCCUGCUAUGCUUAUAUAUUUAGUAAAACCCUACUAUGAGGCAUUUUGUGACAAAAUCCCACUAUGAAUACUAGCAAGCAAAGUCUGUUUGUGUUUGUUCUGCUGCGUUACUGCUGUGUGUGUUUUGUGGAGUUGUGUGUCCAGGAGUUCACAGGAAUGAAAAAUGACUUGUAAGUUCACUGUUCUGGAGACAUCAAGUAUUCAACUGAUCUAAGCGCACUGCUUUGGCAAACGGUCUGUGUCAAGGUUGGUGACCAUCAUGCACCCGUAAAGAGGAAGAGACAGUGAUAUGGAGGAGGGACAGGAAAUCACUAUCAUUUGGAGAGUCUUGCCCCAGCCAACAUGUGCCUCACUUUAUGUAGGCUUGGAAUUUUCCUUCUCCUCCCAGUGGCUUACGGUUUGACAACACUGCGCAAAACGACUUCAAAGCCACAGCAGUCCAUUACCAUCCCCUGCAUGUAUGACGACAAGUAUCAACAUAAUCGCAAGUACCUGUGCCAAGGGUACCGGUGGGCUGAGUGCAGCAUCAUGGCAUAUGCUGGUCAAGCAAAUAGGACUGUGGAGGUCAUAGACCACCCAGCCCAAAACAUCUUCACUGUGACCUUGAGAGACAUGCAGCCCAAAGACCCUGGCCACUACUGGUGUGCUGUAGAGAUUGGUGGCAAUUUGGUCCUGGAUGACAGAGCAUACUUUCAUGUUUCAGUGAUAGAAGAUCCUGAUCUGUCUGUACAGAGGAGAUGUGAGUGUUCUGGAGGAGAUGUGAGUGUUCUGUGUCGCUAUAGUGCCCGAUACAGAAGAGAGAAGAAGAGAUGGUGCCGUUUGAGAGAUCAGAGGUGUUCUUCAGUGGGGGGGUUCAGGUCCCCUGCUGACCCAAACGAGGGAUGGGACCCCCAGAUGAGGGAUGAUGGGUCUGGAACUCUGAGUGUUGAGAUGGUGGGGGUGAAGCAGACAGACUCAGGCUGGUACUGGUGUGAGGUGGGAGAUCUGCAGAUACCCGUUUACCUCAACAUCACAGAUGAAUCAAAUGUGUCAACGACUGGUCAUCUUCCGAAGGAGGCAUUGAUCGGUGUUUCUGUGACAUUUGGAUUGCUCUUGUUACUGGCAGUCAUUGGAGCAGUAGCAUGGAGGGAGAUGAACAAACAAAGAGCUGACAUGAAUAUACCAACCCCUGCCAGGCACAGAGCCGGUUCUGAAGUUGAAUACAAUUCAGUUUUUUUCAAGAGAAGAAACAACAAAUACAGUCUGGAUCAGCCCCACUGCUCUCCAGUAGAAGAUGAUCACAUAAUCUACAGUUCUGUUGUGAAUUGAGUUCUACGCUGAGUUUUUCCCAGACAAAUGAAAGGGGAAGAAAAGGAAGAUUGACACCCAUAGAGCCAAAGGGUUGACACCAACAUGUGGGGUUUUUUCCAGUUCUCCACUGCAGCUGGCAUCCUUGUCCUCCAUUCCUAAACCCAUAUCCAAGUUCAAAGUCAUAUAUAGAAAAAUGUAAGCAUGCACAUCUGGUUGAUAUACAUUUUCUGUUUUUUAAUCAUUAUAAUUUCUUUUCUGUUUCUGUAAAAUAGAAAAUGUAUAGAGUGUAUUUUGUAAAUAGAGAAGGAGUUAAGGCACUAAAGGUGGGCAUGUAGUGUCCCACACACACACACACACACACACACACACAAACAAAUAUACACACACACAAACAAAUACACACACACAAACACACACAUGUACAUAACUAUCGCCCACUGGUGUAGCCGUAGGCCUGGAUCAUUUCAGUCAAAUUGGAGAAAUAGAUUCAGAACCACUCACACACUCAGGGACUAAACAACGCUGUUCAUUAUUCAGAGGCACAAUUCUGGAGAAAAACAAAACAAAAAGUAAAAGUGGAUGACCACAUAUUUGCAUCAUAAUAACCAAAUAACCAUGGCCACCAUCAACAUUACAGCCAGCCAGUGCUCAGUUGGCUUCGACUGCAUUCUCCCUAAACUAUCAUCUGACUGACUGUAAUAUAUUGUUUAGUUGUAUUAUGUAAAAGUAUUAUUUCUUAGUGUGUAUAGUUCAGUAUUAAGGUGUUUGCACACACUGAAAGGUCAUAGCUGUUAUAUAGAAAUGUUAUAUAGAAAAUGUCAUGAUCAUAACACAGGGCAAUAUUGAACAAAGGGAAUUACAUUAAUAUGUUACAACCCUGUGGAAGCUGUUUUCAGAAGUGUUGACUGGAAACAAAGGAUAACAUCGAUAUGAAAAAUGCUUGAAAUGAAUAUGAUAAUACAAUUCUGUCCCAGUUAUGAUAUCAAAUUCUACAUUCUAAUAAAAGGCAAUAUGAU